AUGCAACCCAUUGGCCUAUUUACCAUCAUCACCGCCACCGCGGCCCUUCUUCCAACCGUCUACGCCGGGAAAAGCUACAAGGCCCAAAAGAUUUGCCACUUUACCAUUCUGAAGAUGUACAAAAACACGUGGACGUUCGUUCGGAAAGAUUCAGCGCCGGCCGACCAAACCACAACUAUUGAGGGGAUCAAGGUUUUCUUUAGCAAGGACUGCAUCCCACAGCAUGAUUAUCGGGGUUUAUAUAUUGAAUACAAUGGUUUCCAUCACGACGUGUCACAGUCGUAA